AUGCACCCGAUCAAGUAUGUGUUCGAAAAGCCCGUAGUGACAGAAGGGGUGGCAUGGUGGCAGAUGCUUUUGAUUGAAUAUGAUAUCACCUAUGAAAUCAGAAAGGCUAUCAAGGGAAGCGUCAUUGUGGAGUAUCUAGCAGAUAGAGCUGUGGAGGAUUACCAGCUUAUAGAGUUUGACUUCCUGGAUAAAGACAUUGAUUUAAUAAGCCAAGAAGAAUAUGAUUAUGAAGGUUGGACGAUGUUAUUUGAUGGUGCGGUCAAUGUGUGGGGAUAUGGAAUAGGAGCCAUACUCAUAUCAUCAGAAGGGAAACAUUAUUCGGUUGUAGCCAAGCUUGUUUUUCCAUGCACCAAUAACGUAGUAGUGUACGAAGCAUGUGUAUUAGGUUUGCAAGCAGCCAUAGACCAGGGCAUUAGGGAAUUAGCUAUGAAGGGAGUUUUAGCCUUGGUUAUUCAUCAAUUAAUUGGAGAAUGGGAGACUCGAGAUUCCAAACUGGUGCCAUAUCAGGAAUACAUUUAG